CUUCCUUUCAGUUUGCUGUUUUCAUUCUUUAAUGAGCUUCUUAACUCCACAAUUGAUGAUCUUAAAAUCCUUCUCGCUUUAAAAUCGCAGUGAGAGAUACAAAUCGUGAUCAACAACAUAAAUCUAAUCAUAGAAAUUUCAUACUUAGAAAUGCUGAAAACUUGCUUCAUGAAUUGACUGCCAGCAGAAUAACACUACCAUCAUGGUCGAAGGAGGAAAUGACGACGGAAACAUUAAACCAUAUCAUGCUAGAUUUUUAGCACGGAUCCUCAGGUCGAGUCAGUUCACUGUAGGUAUAGACAAGAAGCAAUGUAAUUUAACUCCAGUUGUCCUUGACACCAGAAAAUACCAAGCUGUCUUCAGUGAAGAACGUACCUCCUCUAUUUACGAGGUCCCAGACUGGGAGUUGCUACACGCCAUAGUUGGGUUAUACGACAGUUACCUCCCUGAAAUAACACCUGAAGUGUUGUACAACACCCUGACAUGUCGAUCUUCUCUCACUCUCGUCUUUCUUAAAGAACCUGAAGAUGUAUUGAAAGAACGAGACAGGGACGGUCCAAAAGAGCAGAAAGAAAUUCCAAAACCCCAGAAAAAGGAAGGAGUAAAAGCAGAAGAAAGUAAGGAUAAGAAUAAGGAGGAAAAGGAGGAGGAGAGUGAGGAUGAAGAGAGAAUAUUCACAGGAGUUUUUAGUGACGAUGAGACAGAUGAUGAAGACAGCAGUGAAGAAGAAACAGAAGAUGACGAACACUACGCUGCAAGUGUUGAGGAAUAUUUGGAGCAGGUUGAGAAGAGAAGAAAACUCAGGGAAGAAAACCACUUAGAUCCAGCCAGUAUUGGUGCAGAGUCCUUGUUGGUCGCAGCAGCCACCUUCAAGCGUGUUCACAACACGGAGGACUCUCCUCGCCGCGACAAGGAACGGAUCAUCCAGCUAGCACUGCUCGCUGUGAGGAUAAGGUUCCGGAAACUGGGUGUUGGCAGACAGCUCCUUAAUUUCGUACGUAACCCAAUUGUGGUAGGAGAGUACGAUGCUUUAGUGUCGUAUGUUGAUCCCGGUGCCACAGGAUUCUUCGUCAGAAAUGGGUUCUCAAGUGACCUCAUUCUUAAUCAUCGCUUCAGUGACUUGGUGGAUCAUUGGGAUAAUUCUACGCUGAUGAGCUACCUUCCGCCUUACUCCGAGUGUCUAUCAUCGGGUACGGUAUCACUGCUGCGCGAGAUGAGCUCAAGUCUCGGAGAUGACAUAAAGCGGUGGCGCAGCACGAGCGUGGAGGCAUACCAGACGCAGCUCAGCUGUUUGGAACGCAUGAGACACGAGAUAAUGUUGCUAAGGACUACCGUAUCUUCUCAGGAAACGACAAUGAAUUCACUGACGAAUGAGAUUGAUAGGUUAAGACUGAGCAAAGGGGUCUGUGAGCGGGAGUUCAGAGAAUACAGAGCACAGGUGCGAGCCAUGUUGAGUAGACUCAAGAACGGUAAAGAGGACUUGGAAUCAGCCGAGAGCGAAAUCAUGAGUCUCUCCUUAGUGGGAAAUAAAGAUAGUCUUGUGAAUGGGCAUGUGUCAGAAAAUGUUGCAGUAACGAUCGGCGAGGAAGAAUUUAGCGAUCUAGAGGAUGAAAUAAGAUCAGCCAUAUGUGCUGUACCUUCCUAUAAGUCGAUCAGAAUAACCUCAAUUGAAAAGCAAAACGCAGAAAAGUCAGCAUUGCUUCGAAAUGUGUACAAAGCGCGGUGCAAUGCACUACGUGACCCCAACAUGACCAUGAAGCUCUACUACUGUGGUGGCAAAGGUGGCACAUUGCACAGGGUGCUAAAAGAGGGGUUCCAACCCAAGGAUAUGGUGGUUGGAGAUUUCGGGGUGGGCAUGUAUUUCACCCAAAAUCCUGUCAGAGCAAUGCAGUAUUCUGAGCCUGGGCUGCUAUUGCAAUGCGAAGUUGGGAUCGGUAAUGCAGAAUCUGUACUUAAAAUGGACCAAACCAGAAAUCGACCACCAGUGGGAUUUGACUCGAUAUUGACGGGAGAAAGAGACGUUGAUCAUAUAGGGAUAUACAGUCAUCAGAGGCACAAUGAACUGCAAUAUUUAGUUUUCGAUAGUAAGCAGGCAGUACCUCUCUACCUGAUUUAUUUCACUGUUUGAAAUUCCGGAUUACAAUUGCUUCAUUUUAAUGACGCAAUUGUGCCAACGAAUUAGGAGCUAAAGAACUAAACUUUGAAGCUAUAGCUAUUAUCUAUGUUGACGUAGAUAAAGAAUAAUCUGUAAAUGGUAAAAUAUCAUUCUCGAAAUGCGGGUUUCUAGACUGUUCUGCAUCAUGAACGACAUGAAAAUCUGGUUAUGUUUUCGACAAUCAUAAUCCUAGAUUUUAGUACUGAUGAUGUUCCUGGACAAUAUUGAUUACCUUAUAUAUUCUUAAGGGUGCAUUUGCAUUGGCAGUUUCUGAUAUCUUUUCUAUAACGUUUUUAGCUGGUUAUGGCUUAUACGUAAUUUUAGAUUUACUUUCUUUUUUAUAGGAAUUAUUCUUAUGAAGCUUUGUGAGAUAAUGUUCUUGGUUUAUUUUAUUUGAAGAUGUAUAAUUUUGAUUAUAUGAAAUA